AGUUAAAUCGCCACCCUUUAGUUUGGCACGUUUGAUUAUCCUCACGGAUCUUAUAUUGUAAAAUAGUGUAAAGUGAAGUAUAAAUGAUGAAAUUCGCGAUUGCUUUAUGCUUGGUCCUAGCCGUUGGCUGCAACGCUUUUUUCUCCACCAAGGAUGUGGACUUUCAGCCAUUCCUGAGGCUGCAGCAGAAGGCCAUGCACUCAUUGAUCUCGGCCCACAGUGAUACCGAUGAUCCGAAUCUAAUCAACAAUUGCUUCAAUCAGUAUAUUAUCGAUCAAACGGCAACGUUGACCAACUACAACAAGGUCUAUACCGCUUGCGUAGCCACAGCCCAGACGGACAAGAACACCCUGACUGCUCAGAGCGAAGAGAGUCGCAAUGACUUGCUAUCCCGCAGCGAGGACAUGUGCAGUAGCAUGAAUUCCUGCGAGUCGUUCGCUGAUGGUCUCCAGUUUUUCGAUUGUUAUCGGACUUCGUCGGCUGACAGUUACAAAGUGAUGUUCACAUUGAAUAGCGACGCAAACACCCAAUACAAUACCAUAAGUAACAAGUACAACAUCAUCGAUUCAGACCUAACGAUAUGCGUGGAAGAUGCUCGCCUGGAGUAUGCUACUGGAUUGGAAAAAUGUGAUUCGGAUUUCAAUACCUGUAUUUCUGGCGGUGAGGUGUCAACAACUAAUAGCCCACCUGUCACUACAGAGAAACCAGUUGAUUCCACCACCGAGGAACCAGUUGAGUCCACAACUGAGGCACCAGCUGUGUCCACCGAGGAACCAGUUGGCUCCACAACUGAGGCACCAGCUGUCUCCACCGAGGAACCAGUUGGCUCCACAACUGAGGCACCAGCUGUCUCCACCGAGGAACCAGUUGAGUCCACAACUGAGGCACCAGCUGUGUCCACCGAGGAACCAGUUGAGUCCACAACUGAGGCACCAGCUGUGUCCACCGAGGAACCAGUUGAGUCCACAACUGAGGCACCAGCUGUGUCCACCGAGGAACCAGUUGAGUCCACAACUGAGGCACCAGCUGUCUCCACCGAGGAACCAGUUGAGUCCACAACUGAGGCACCAGCUUCCCCAAAUACUGAACCAACUAUACCUACUGAGCAGCCACUCAACCCAACUAAUACCACACCAGAGAAGAUGCCAGAGGAGGAUAUUGGCAAGAUGUUGCCAGAGACCUUCCGAAGUGCAUUGAACAAGCUUCCGCGUUUUUUCUAAGCUUCUUGUUGAGUGUAAAGUGAAUGGAUUUAAACUAAUCAGCAUGGAGGCAAGUUACAAAUAAACAUUGUCAGCAUAUAGUUGAUAAAUAAUUGCACAAUACCAUAGUUCGAUGAAGCCUUGCAUACUUAAAGGCAGCAACCAAAAUUAAAGAGCCCAUUUUGUUUCCAAUAAAAUUUUUGUGUGUUGAUUAAGUGUUGAAAUAA